AUGCCAUCGGAACAUGUGGGGACAAAACCUGUUUCCAUUGCUGCAGUGAUGGGGGGAUCACAACAGUUGACUUUGGUGGAAGCUGAGGUGAGCUUGACUGGGAAGGAGUGGCAGGAACAUCCGAUUGUGACUGGUCCAGAGGCUCCGUGUAUUUUGGGCAUAGACUUCCUCUGGAAUGGCUAUUACAAAGAUCCUAAGGGAUUCAGGUGGGCUUUUGGAAUAGCUGCAGUGGAGAUAGAGGGUAUUAAACAAUUGAAUACCUUGUCUGGACUAUCAGAGAACCCAUCUGCAGUAGGACUCUUGAAGGUAGAGGAACAACGAGUGCCAAUUGCCACCUCAACAGUGCACCGCAGGCAGUACCGGACGAAUCGAGAUGCCGUGAUCCCCAUCCACAAAAUGAUCCGAGAGCUGGAGAGCCAAGGGGUGGUCAGUAAAACCCACUCACCCUUCAACAGCCCCAUUUGGCCUGUGCGAAAAUCUGACGGAGAAUGGAGACUGACUGUGGACUAUUGUGCCUUGAAUGAAGUGACUCCACCACUGAGUGCGGCUGUACCGGACAUACUGGAACUGCAGUACGAGCUGGAGUCCAAGGCAGCAAAGUGGUACGCGACCAUCGAUAUUGCUAACGCGUUUUUCUCCAUCCCUCUGGCAGCAGAAUGCAGGCCCCAGUUUGCUUUUACAUGGAGGGGAGUGCAGUAUACCUGGAACCGACUGCCCCAGGGGUGGAAACACAGUCCUACCAUCUGUCAUGGACUGAUCCAGGCUGAACUAGAAGAGGGUGAGGCUCCAGAACAUUUACAAUAUAUUGAUGAUAUCAUUGUUUGGGGGAACACGGCAAUAGAAGUGUUCGAGAAAGGAGAGAAGAUAAUUCAUAUUCUCUUGGAAGCCGGAUUUGCCAUUAAGAAGAGCAAAGUCAAGGGACCUGCCCGAGAAAUUCAGUUUUUGGGGGUGAAGUGGCAAGAUGGACGGCGUCAGAUUCCUGCGGAUGUUAUUAACAAAAUCACUGCUAUGUCCCCACCAACUGAUAAGAAGGAAACACAAGCUUUCUUAGGUGCUAUAGGUUUCUGGAGGAUGCACAUCCCUGAGUAUAGUCAGAUUGUGAGACCCCUUUAUCUGGUUACCCGCAAGAAGAACAACUUCCAUUGGGGCCCUGAGCAGCAGCAAGCUUUCAUCCAGAUCAAGCAGGAGAUCGCUCAUGCUGUAGCCCUUGGUCCAGUCAGGACGGGACCAGAUGUGAAAAACGUGCUCUACUCUGCAGCCGGGAGCCAUGGUCUGUCCUGGAGCCUUUGGCAGAAGGUGCCUGGCGAGACCCGAGGCCGACCAUUGGGAUUUUGGAGUCGGAGCUACAGGGGGUCUGAAGAUAACUAUACCCCAACAGAAAAGGAAAUCUUGGCCGCCUAUGAAGGAGUCCAAGCCGCCUCGGAGGUGAUUGGUACAGAGGCACAACUCCUUCUGGCACCCCGACUACCGGUGCUGGGAUGGAUGUUCAGAGGAAAGGUUCCCUCUACCCACCAUGCCACCAAUGCUACUUGGAGUAAGUGGAUUGCCCUCAUUACGCAGUGCGCUCGAAUUGGGAAGUUAAAUCGCCCCGGGAUCCUGGAAAUAAUUACAAAUUGGCCCGAAGGUGAAAGCUUUAGUGUCGCGGAUGAGGAACAAGAGCCAGUGACCCGGGUUGAGGAAGCUCCGCCAUACAAUCAGUUACCAGCAGAAGAAACAUGUUACGCUCUAUUCACCGAUGGCUCUUGUCGCGUCAUAGGGAUGAAACGGAGGUGGAAAGCAGCUGUAUGGAGCCCCACUCGACGAGUUGCAGAGGCUACUGAAGGAGAAGGCGAAUCCAGUCAAUUUGCUGAAAUCAAAGCUAUUCAACUGGCCCUAGGUAUUGCAGAGAGAGAGAAGUGGCCAAGGCUCUAUUUGUAUACCGAUUCUUGGAUGGUAGCCAACGCUCUAUGGGGAUGGCUGAAGAGAUGGAAAGAGGCGAACUGGCAGCGCAGAGGAAAACCAAUUUGGGCUGCAGAAGAGUGGAAAGAUAUCGCUACUCGGUUAGAGAAGUUACCUGUGAAGGUUCGCCAUGUAGAUGCCCAUGUCCCCAGAAGUAGAGCUAAUGAAGAGCAGCAAAACAACCAGCAAGUACAUCAGGCUGCAAAGAUAGGGGAGUUGAAGAUAGAUCUCGACUGGGAGCAUAAGGGAGAGUUAUUCUUAGCACGAUGGGCCCAUGAUGCCUCAGGCCACCAGGGUAGAGAUGCCACCUAUAAGUGGGCACGAGACCGAGGGGUGGAUCUAACCAUGGACAGUAUCUCUCAGGUUAUUCGUGACUGUGAGACGUGCGCUGCCAUUAAGCAGGCCAAGCGGGUGAAGCCCCUCUGGUAUGGGGGGCGGUGGUCUAAGUACAAAUACGGGGAGGCCUGGCAGAUUGAUUACAUCACACUGCCUCAAACCCGCCAGGGCAAGCGCUAUGUACUAACCAUGGUAGAAGCCACCACGGGAUGGUUGGAAACCUACCCUGUGUCUCAUGCCACAGCCCGUAACACUAUCUUGGGCCUUGAAAAGCAGGUCCUUUGGAGGCACGGUACUCCCGAGAGAAUUGAGUCGGAUAAUGGGACUCAUUUUAAAAACAAUCUUAUUAAUACUUGGGCUAGGGAACAUGGCAUCGAGUGGAUAUACCAUAUCCCCUAUCAUGCACCAGCUGCAGGGAAAGUGGAAAGGUAUAAUGGAUUGUUAAAAACCACCUUAAAAGCAUUGGGUGGGGGGUCUUUAAAAAACUGGGAGCAGCAUUUGGCAAAGGCUACCUGGUUAGUUAACACUCGAGGUUCCACCAACCGAGCGGGUCCUGCUCAGUCUGAGCUCCUUAAUAUAGUAGAUGGGGAUAAAGCCCCAGUGGCCCAUGUCAGAGGUUUGUUGGGAAAGACAGUAUGGAUCAACCCUGCCUCGAGUACAGACAAACCCAUCCGUGGGAUUGUCUUUGCUCAAGGACCAGGUUAUACAUGGUGGAUAAUGCAGAAAGAUGGAACAACACGGUGUGUACCUCAGGGAGACCUGAUUGUGGGAUGAGACUCAUAUGAAUGUCAUUGUUUGUUGAAUGUGAGACAGAAGGAAACUGUAAGUGUCAAAGGUCUGAGCAAGUAAGAUGAAAAGAAUGCAUAAGUGUCAAAGGUGUGAGUAAGUGAAAUGAAAGUUUUUAUUGUAUAUUCACGAUAUGGGAUAAGGGGUGGAGUGUCGUGGGUUGACAGCCUUUAUCCCAAUAUCGUGUGUUGUGUCUGGCAGCUGUGCCUUUUCUCUCUUCCCCCCCCCGACCGUCUUGCUGCGGCGGGGCGGGGAAGAGAGGGGGGGAGUGUUUGACCAGGCCUUUUUGCUUUUGGCUUUUUGCUGCUUGGCUUGGCUAGCCGCUUUGCUUGCUUGCUUUCUGCUUUUUGCGCUGUUUUUUUUCUUUUCUUUUGUUCCCUCUUUCUUACCCUCCCCUGAAGAUACUGGACCGGCUCCGGACCUGACCUGAGACGUCCAGGACACCUGGAGCUUGCGAGAGAAGCUCAGUGCCCUCACCACACAGACUGUCUACAUCUAUGUGGAAUAUGCUCUGAAUAUGCACUGAAUGCAUCUGGUCCCUCUGAGGAUGGAAAUUUCAAGUUGUGCUGAAAAUGUCUGCAGUCAGGUGCUUUUCCUGCCACUGGUUGUUCUCUUGAGGCCUAAAUGCUCCAAGUAAGAUCAAUAGAGGAAUAUGUUCAUUUCUCCCUGCUGGCAACAACAGUAUGCUUCCAAAGGAGAAAUCUGAAUGUUCUUGGAAAGUAAGCUCUAUGGAGCAACUGUGGAGGUCAGUGGAGCCCCAGAUGAAGGCUUGGAAAAGCUCUAAAAUGUGUUGAGAACAAAGAAGCCCUGAAUCUCUGCAAGAACACUUUUGAGCUUAAAGAGCUGAAUCUGAAGGAAGAGUACUGCCUUCAGUUUCCCACAUCUCCUGGGACAUCUGGUCAAAAGCCUGUGACAGGAAGAAGAAAUUUUUAUUAUGGUUCCUAAAU